CCGCCCGUGAUCAUGAGUGCUCGUAGUUUUAUCGUCCGCACCGCUCACGCGUCGCUGCUCUCCGGCCCGGCCCCCGAGGGGGGCACCGCCCCAGCGCAGCCCCCCAACAAGGACCUCGACCUGGCGGUCAACAAGGCGCUCCAGGCCUUCGACUGGAACCAGGUGCCCAGGGUCACCAAGAACUCCUCAGAGAAGAAGAAGGCCCACGUGAAGAGACCGAUGAACGCCUUCAUGGUGUGGGCCCAGGCUGCCAGGAGACGGCUCUCCGACCAGUACCCCACGCUCCACAACGCCGAGCUCAGCAAGACUCUCGGCCAGCUUUGGAAAGAGAUGGCUGACAAGGACAAGAAACCUUUUGUGCUAGAGGCAGAGAGGCUUCGUGUGGUACACAAAAGGAUGCAUCCUGACUAUAAAUACCAACCAAGAAGGAGGAAGCCACCAGGAAAACAGCAACAACAGCGGCCUAUCCAGCAACAAACAGCAUGCAAGCCAUCAGUUUGCAAGCAGGCAAUCUGCAAGCCCCAGUAUGCUACCUACCCAACAGCCUUAGACUAUAGUGGGAGUGACAUAAAGAUGGAAGAUCAACUCAGUUCUAGUGGAGACUCAGAGUAUGGACCUCCAACUCCUCCUACGACACCCAACAAGCCUGGAUUAAGACUGCCAAUACAGCCGUACUAUCCAGGUUCUGUAAAUGGACAAGAUAUUCUUCUGGAUGAAUAUCCAGUCGAACCUGUUGACAACAAUGAGCUAGAUCAAUAUCUUCACUAUCAACAACAACCACCACAAUGGGAGGCUUCUGCUGAGGAUUACAGUCAGGCUGAUGGUCAAAGGAGCCAUGAUCCUCAGAAGUACUUUCCAGUUGCUACAUCUUCAACCUUCCAGGGCUACACACCUGGGCCAUACUACUCUCCUCAACCUCCCUAUUACCAGCAGAGGUCUGAGCAGUGGCCGACUUUUGUUUGACGUCUUGUUGUUUUAAUUUAAUUUUUAUUAAUACCAUAUAUUUUCUUAAUGUAUUUUUGUUAAAAUAGGAACAUAAUUAUUUGUUCGAAUCAUUUAGUUCUUUCUUUACCAGAAGAAAAUAUUGGCGUGUAUAUAUUUUUCUUACAGUUAGUAGCUCUCUAUUCAAGCAUAUUUAUAUAUUGUUUGUAAAUAC